GGCAAGAAGACGGAGCAUCGUCAGUCCAUCCAGCACCAGAACCAAAACCAGAGAAAGUUUCCAAACUUUUGGAACAUUUUCACAGCAGCAGCUCAGCCAUGAAGGUUUUCAACUUGCUGUACUUGUUGGUGCUGCUCACAGCGUUGGUGGCUCCCGUGUUUUCAGUCAGACCAGACUUUCUGAACCUGAGGAGAAAAUACCACAGACACCAUUGUCCACACAGACGCUGCAUGCCUCUUCACUCCAGAGUCCCGUUCCCCUGAGGCCGAGGAAACUCUUCAGAGGAGCGCGGCUGGAUGUGAUCCUCGGCAGCGUGGAUGGAUCAGUCAAGACAGACGGACGCAGGAGGUGGAGGAGAAAAAUCCAUGAAACGCCACUCAGAGACGGCCAUGAUGCACCGCCAAAGGGAGAACUUCAAAGUCAGCCUCUCCAGGAGACUCGAGAUGAAAAACUGUUCAUUCAGGACAAACUAUAAACCAUAAAAGCUGACAGCGGCGCGGC